UCUCCAAUUUGUUUUUCUUUUUUUUUUUGUACUUGUUGUGACUGGGCCAUGGCGGAGGAAUUAGGUUGCGUUGAUUUUCUAGGAGAAGAUGAUCUGUUCUUAGAUUUCGAUCUUUCACUUUUCACUGAAACUCCUAUUGCGGGUGAUUUUAUUCGGUCUUCACCGGAUUCUGCAAACUCGUGGAUCGGAGACAUUGAGAGCCAACUGAUGAACGAUGAGGACAAUCAGAAUUUUCUGGAGUUGGACCAGCAAUCGGUUUCGGAGUUUCUAGCGGAUAUAUUCGUAGAUGAUCCCACUAGCGAUUCCGCUGAUUUGGUGACUGGUAAAGUUGAUGAUGUACCAACCGAAGGAUUUGUCAACGGAAAGGGACCAGAAGAAUCCAAUGAUGCCGGGAAGGAGAAAGCAGUUGAGAAGAAGUGGAAUGGAAGUGAGAAUCUGGAUGAAGCUAAGGUUGAAAGCGAGAUAUCAGGAGACGAUGAUGCGAUGGCCAAGAAACGAAGAAGGAGGGUAAGAAACAGAGAUGCGGCUGUGAGGUCGAGAGAGAGGAAGAAGGAAUAUGUGACCGAUCUUGAGAAGAAAAGUAAGUAUCUCGAACGAGAAUGCAUGAGACUGGGACGGAUGCUUGAUUGCUUUGUUGCGGAAAACCAUUCUCUUCGUCUAUGUUUGCAAAAGGGUGGUGGAAAUGCUUCCAUGAUGACAAGGCAGGAGUCUGCUGUGCUCUUGUUGGAAUCCCUGCUGUUGGGUUCCCUGCUUUGGUAUCUGGGAGACAUCAUUUGCCCAUUCCUCCCUCACCCCCAACCAAAGACUUGCUUCCUUCCAGCGGAAGCCGACGGACCAGAAAAGCUGGUUCUAAGCGGGCGAGAGAGUAGCAAACUCUCUAAUAAUUAUGCCUGUAAGAGUCGGAGAUGUAAGGGUUCAAGGCCUCGGAUGAAACACCAAGUAUGUAUACUUGUGGCGUGACACCUGGCGCCUCUUAUUCUCUUAAGCUUUUAAAUGUUGUUUUUUUUUCUUCAUUUCGAGUCGUAGAUGAGUGUCUUAGUAGUCCUCUCUCGUUUUGUAUUUUCGCUGUCUGUCAGUUAACAGUCAUUUCUCAUGGUUUUUGGAUGGUUUCUAUUCAACUCAUGAUAUUUACACCUAAUAAUAUUUCUCAGUUUAAAAAA